UUUUGGAGGGGGGGGGGACUAGAGAGGGAAAAGAAAGCAGUACCAAGCAUAAAAACAAUAAUGACGGACAAAAGUCUGAGAUCAAGGCUAUAAAAUAUAAGACAGGAAUCUAGGAAAAAACACAAGCAACAAAGCAGAGUAAGAAUUACAGGAGAUAAAACGUUUUAAGUUGUAUCAGAGAGGAUGAAGUUGAGCGAGAGGAAGGUGGCGUUUCUGGCCAUCACAGAAAAUAUUGAGAUGGAGCUGUUUUCUUCAGAGGAGACCUGCGUGGUAAUAUCAACAGAGGAGGAGAAGGAGGAAGAACACUGCUUCGAAAAGAGACACCUGGAGCAUCCUCUGGUCCCUGACUGUGAGGAGGAACCAGAGCUGCAAGUUCCAACCCAACCCAGGCCACCGGCCAAGCCCAAAGCAGAGCCUCCAGCCAAGGAAGAGGCCAAGCACCUCCCCCCUAUCAUGUCAACAUUCAUGGAGGAAACUGAGAUAGAAAUGGACGUGUUUCCUCCCCACAGAGUGUCAGUGUCAGAUGAUGCUUCCCUGACUCCGCUGUCCGCCAACAAAGCUAGUCGUCUCAAAUGGAAGAGUGUGACUCCGCAGAAGACAGGACUGGUGGUCAAAGAUGUGGUCUGUCUUCCCAGAAGACACAGUCUGGCACAGCUGGAGAGACACAUUGUUCCACAAGGUAAAGAAUGGGCAGCUCUAGUAGCCAUGGGAAUGUCUGCUCGCAUCACCAUUGACUAUAGUUGGUCAGCCAAUCAGAUGGAGAGUCGGCUGGCGGCGCUCUUCAGGAGUCGGUUUGUAAAACGGGCAGGACAACGAUUCUCCUUCACAUAUUUACAGUGUGUGCUGGGCUCCAGGGCGCUGUUUGUCCCAGAGACCCCUGCAGAGGGCUGGACUGGAGAGCAGGUGUUCAGGAUAUCUGGACAUGGUGCUUUGUACAUCCUCAGCCAUCAGGACUACCCACAGGCAGAAUCUGAGAGAUCAGCAAGUGAAACACCUGUGGUGAGCAGGGAGGAGUUUUGUCUGGGGGCCAGCACAGAGAGCUGCCAGGGCAAAGAUAUUCAGCUGGGUAGACAGACCCAAUCUUAUCCUGGCAGCACCACAGAGGAGUUCACACUCGACCUGGACUCCAUCCUGAGACUGUUCAGACAGAAGAACAUGGAUCGAGGCGUAGAAACCCACAUCCAGGUGAGGAGGAGAGACCUGCUCCACAGCGCUCUGAAGGCAGUGAGGAGGCCGGGCUUCUGUUUCAGGACACCACCCAUCUUCUCCUUCAGUGGAGAGGAGACUGACGGCCACGAGGGACCUCUCAGAGAGUUCUUCAGAUUGACUUUGCUGGAGCUGCAGCAAAGUUCUGUGUUUGAGGGUCUUCCAGGGCGUCUGUACUUGAGCUUCGACCUCACAGCUCAUAAAGACAGGAAGUAUUACGAAGCAGGCGUUCUGAUUGGCUGGUCUCUGGUUCACGGCGGGCCUGGACCCCGUUGCCUACACCCUGCACUCUACCAGUUGAUGUGUGGUCAGAAUCCAUCUUUGGAGGACUUUAGCUGGAGUGACAUUGUUGAUGCUGAAACACAGAGCCGACUGAAACAGCUGCAGAGUUGUACUGAUGUCAAGCUGCUAUCUCCCACGCUGUGUGACUGGGUGUCGAGCUGUGGCAUCCCUGGAAUCUAUUCAGCCUAUUCUGAUGACACAUCAGUUAUCUUUAUCAGCAUUGUUAAACAGUACAUCUACCACAGGGUGGCCAGUAUGAUCUCCCAGUUCACCGAGGGACUGAACAGCUGUGGUGGAUUGUGGGAUACAAUACAGUCUAACUGGGAGGUGUUUGUGCCAAUCAUGACGAGCGCACAGCAGCAGCCUCUGACUCUGGAAGAGUUCAAACUGCUUUUUACCAUCUGCUACAGCCCUCCAGACAGCCAGCCAAGGGCAGCUGAGGAGGCAACAGCUGGACACUGGGAAACAGCCCUCACCUUGGUCAGCGAUGGCCAGGCAGAUUUUUCCUUUGAAGACCUCCUCGCCUUCGUCACAGGAGCUGAUCAUCUGCCUCCUCUUGGGUUCCCCAGAUUGAUCUCCCUGCAUUUUUACUCCCAGGAUGUAAGCAUGUCAGGGGUGCGUCUGCCCUAUGCCUCCACCUGCGCUCUGGAACUUUUCCUUCCAAGGGGAGUGGCAGGUGCUGCAGACCUGUUGACGCUGCUGAGCAGAGCCGUGCACGAAGCCCUUGGCUUUACACAUUUCCAGACAGAGGGAGUUAGAGAGGACAGCUGCAUAGAAGUGAUGACUUGGAAUUUAUGAAGUGGACACCCUCCAGGAUGCUUGGAAUUCCUGCUGAAGUUGACUUUGUGGAGCUCAAAUGUUUCUGCAGGAUAUGAACAAUGCGACUGAGAAGAAAGCCACCCCACAGUUGUGGGUAUAGGGGCUGGUUUGUGAGCAGAUUGUUGCAUUAGUUGCUAAAUCUCUGUGUGAUCUGACAAGGGUGUCUAGACCAACCUGACUCUGAGUCAGGUGUAUAAUAGCAGCUAUGAAUCAUACUUGUGAUCAUAUCAACGGUUGAGAGUUUUGGCUAUUGUAGAUCAGAUAUGAUUGUGCUGACGUACUCUGUUGUCAUAUGCAACCCACUAAGAUUGUCAUCCAUGUUUUUGUUUUAAUAUUUUAAUAGUUAUUCCAAUAAUGUGUAGGUACAGAUUCCGAAGUCAUGCACCUCCAGCACAUAUUUUACAUUUUACAGGAGAGCUGGUUUGAAUACUUCAUGAAUUUCACAUCUCGCAUUGUGUCUCCGCUGAUAU